AUGGACUGUAAACGUCCCCUAAGCACGUUCCGUCUCCUUUCAUUUGAUAUAUUUGGCACUCUGAUCGACUGGGAGACUGGAAUUCACGAGGCCCUCGAGCCUCUAGUUCAACGACUAGAUGACUCUAAUCCCCUGAAAACAGACAGGAAGAAGCUUGGAGACUUGUACGGUAAACAUGAGCGGGCUAUACAAGUGGAUAAUCCCAGAUUAGCUUACAACCUGGUCGUCAAGGAGGCUUACGAGCGCCUAGCAAGGGAGACACAAUCUCUCCCAGCAACAGAGCCUCUCCUAGACAAAGAGUCAACGGCAUUCGGCAAUAGUGUCGGCCGCUGGCCCCCCUUUCCUGACACCGUAGCCGCCAUGCGCCGGCUAAAGAAGAAAGGGUACAAGCUCGUCCCGCUGUCAAACGUGGACCGCGAGUCCUUCUCCAAUACGCUGGCUGGGCCGAUGGCAGGACUGCGAGAUGGACUGGCACUAGAGGAGCCCUUCUUCGACGCCAUCUAUACGGCACAGGAUGUUGGAUCGUACAAGCCGAACCUGCGCAACUUCGAGUAUCUGAUUUCACACGUCAAGUCCGAGUUUGGUAUCGAGGCAGCAGACAUCCUUCACGUAGCGCAAAGUCUGCACCAUGAUCAUGAGCCUGCGAAGAAGAUGGGCCUCAGUAGCGUCUGGAUCUCGAGAAGGGACGGAUCGAGUAGCAUGGGAACCGAUGUCCGCGAGCAUCUCGAUGCAGGAUGGCAGUUUGACGACCUGGCUGGGCUAGUGGACGCGGUUGAGGCUUCACUACCGUAG